AUGUUGGGUGUGUUCAGUAGCUCCAUCGUGUCGCCGCCAGACGAGCUCGUGGCCGCCGGAAGCAAAACUCCUUCGCCGAAGAUGACGGCGGCGGCGCUGCGGAAGCGGUUCGAGGAGAAGAACGCCUCCGCAGUAUCGGUGGAGAUCGGAGAGCAUGUCAACCUGGCUUAUACCCAUCACAACGAGUCGCAGUGGCAACCCAGAUCUUUUGCUGUGAAGGAUGAGGUCUUCUGCUUGUUUGAGGGAGUCCUUGAGAAUUUAGGGCACUUGAGACAACAAUAUGGACUGGCCAAGGCAGCCAAUGAAGUAUUGUUGGUGAUUGAAGCUUACAAAGCUUUGCGUGACAGAGCACCCUACCCUGCUAAUCAUGUUGUUGGCCAUCUCAGUGGGAACUUUGCUUUCAUAGUUUUUGACAAAUCCACUUCUACCCUCUUUGUGGCCUCUGAUCAAUAUGGUAAGGUACCUCUAUACUGGGGAAUUACUGCUGAUGGCUAUGUAGCAUUUGCUGAUGAUGCAGAAUUGCUUAAAGGUGCUUGUGGCAAGUCACUUGCUUCUUUCCCUCAGGGAUGUUUCUACUCUACAGCUGUUGGAGGGUUGAAGUGCUAUGAGAAUCCUAAAAAUAAGAUUACUGCAGUUCCUGCUAACGAGGAAGAAAUCUGGGGUGCAACCUUCAAGGUGGAAGGGCCAGCAGUUGUUGCAGCCAGACAAUAA